CUCACUACAACAACAGUUUCCAAUUCCAAUAUCAUCCUUAUCGUGACACUAAUACGAUCCCUUUUUCUCGAAUCAAACAAAUAAAAACACCAAAAGCAAACACGAAAACACAAAACAUCGUAGUAUACAAUGUCAACAACAACUAGUACAACCGAGUCGCGAGUGCACGACGCUGCACGGAACCGUUUGGCUACUCUCUCCGCUCACUUGGUUCCUUCUUCCACAACCUCCUCCGCCGUCCUCCUCCACCCUCUCCACCUUUCCGCUUCUUCCGGAAUUUCCCCUCCGUCGAAUCUCAAAGGAACCCUCACCGUCGUCGAUGAACGGACCGGGAAGAAGUAUACCGUCGAGGUCUCUCCUGAUGGUACCAUUAAAGCCAAUGAUUUCAAGAAGAUAUCAACUGGGAAGGAUGACAAGGGACUCAAACUUUAUGACCCUGGAUAUUUAAACACUGCUCCUGUGAGAUCAACAAUUUCUUACAUUGAUGGUGAUGAGGGAAUCCUUAGAUAUAGAGGAUACCCCAUUGAGGAAUUGGCGGAGAAAAGCACCUUUACGGAAGUGUCAUAUCUCGUAUUGUAUGGAAAUUUGCCUUCUCAAAGUCAGUUACAAGAAUGGGAGUUUGCUAUAUCUCAGCAUUCAGCUGUACCUCAAGGAGUUUUGGAUCUCAUACAAUCAAUGCCUCAAGAUGCACAUCCUAUGGGUGUGCUUGUUAAUGCUCUAAGUGCUUUAUCUGUUUAUCAUCCUGAUGCAAAUCCUGCUCUCAGAGGUCUUGAUAUUUACAACUCAAAGCAAGUGAGAGACAAACAAAUAGUGCGGAUUAUUGGAAAGAUAACAACAAUUGCUGCCGCGAUUAAUCUUAGAUUGGCAGGAAGGCCACCUGUGCUUCCGUCCAACAAACUUUCUUACACAGAGAACUUCCUUUACAUGCUUGAUUCUCUUGGCAAUCGGUCAUAUAAACCUAAUCCUCGUCUAACUCGUGCAUUGGACAUCAUCUUCACCCUUCAUGCAGAACAUGAAAUGAAUUGCUCUACAUCCACUGUGCGUCAUCUUGCGUCAAGUGGUGUCGAUGUAUACACUGCUAUUGCUGGGGGUGUUGGAGCUCUAUAUGGACCUCUUCAUGGUGGAGCUAAUGAGGCUGUCCUCAAAAUGCUUAGUGAAAUUGGAAGUGUUGAUAACAUUCCAGAGUUCAUUGAGGGUGUUAAAAACAGGAAACGAAAGCUCAGUGGUUUUGGACAUCGGGUGUACAAAAACUAUGACCCUAGAGCAAAGGUCUUAAAGAAAUUAACGGAGGAAGUGUUUUCCAUCGUUGGCCGGGAUCCUCUUAUAGAGGUUGCAGUUGCUUUGGAGAAGGUUGCUCUGUCUGAUGAGUAUUUUAUCAAGAGGAAGCUAUAUCCAAAUGUUGACUUCUACUCUGGAUUAAUAUAUAGGGCUAUGGGCUUUCCACCCGAAUUUUUCACUAUUUUAUUUGCUAUCCCUCGUAUGGCUGGAUACUUAGCACAUUGGCGGGAGUCCUUGGAUGAUCCUGAUACAAAGAUUAUGAGACCUCAACAGGUAUAUGUUGGGGAAUGGCUGCGGCAUUAUACACCAAUCAAAGAAAGAACUGGAUCAGCUAAAAGUAACACUGACCAGCUUGGUCAGUUAGCUGUAUCAAAUGCCUCAAAGAGGCGUCUUGCUGGAUCGGGGAUUUAGCCUUUAGACACAACUUGAUUUUACUAGUGAAUAGAGGAAGUGGCAACGAGUUUCCUCAAGCAGCAUGUCACUGCAUUAAUAAUGUAAUCUGGUGUCAUUACCCCUUGUAGAAGAAUGAUGAUAUUGAAAGAUUUGCAGUUCCAAGCUUCCAGCCUUAAACUAUGCAAGAAGUACAUGUCCAGUGGUUCUAUACUAAAUUAUAAUUUUUGGAACUUCAACAUUUAUUUUAUGAUAAUAAACAAUAAACUAAUAUUUGUGUGUCGUAAUUUUUAUUUUUUUUAUAUAUUUUUUAUUCCAAGAAUAAAAUAUCCUUCCUGAAUCAAGAGCUUUGAAGGAGCUCUCAAAUUGUAGCAAGAGUUAUUUUGCUCAUGAUUUAUACAAAUACAGGAUUGAGUUUUAAGGUCAAAUUUAUCUAACCGGUAAAUAAAGUAUAGAAAUUUGUUUGCAAA